AUGGCCCCUCGCGCAGUACACUUCAUCCGCCAUGCUGAAGGCUACCACAAUUCGGAACACAAUGAAAAUAUCCCCGAUCCAGAUCUCACUCCGAAGGGCAAAGAACAAUGCGAAAAGUUGUCACAAACAUUCCAUUUCUUCGAUCGCAUCGACUUGGUUUGCGCGAGUCCUAUCCGCCGCACUAUUCAGACUGCACUCAUCAGUAUGGAGCCCUGGUUGCAGUCUGGAAAACGCAAUAUCCUAGCUCUUCCUUUAGCUCAAGAAGCCACAGACCUGCCUGCGAAUACACCGAGCGAUGUAACGCGGCUUCAGAACGAAUUUGGCGACGUGUGCAACUUCCACAGGUGCCUAGACAUCUACACCGAUUUCAACACCAAGAAAGGGAAAUGGGCGCCGGAUGGCGGUUCACUAAAGGCUCGCGCGCUUGAACUCCGCCGCUUCUUGCGCGAUCUCGACGAGCAGGAGAUUGUUGUUGUGUCACACGGUGAUUUUCUACAUUAUGUUUCUGGGGAUCUGGAUGAGAAUGACUGUCAGACGCAUGGGGAUUGGCAGAAUACGGAGAUGAGGAGUUAUCGGUUCUAUCCGGUGGAUCAUGAGGAUGCGCUGUUGCAGGAGACGGACGAGAGUGUGAAAUUGAGGAACGCGAGUGGACCUGGACAAGCGAUGGGCUCUGGGUCAGAUAAAACGCCGUGA